GCGCGUCCCCGCCCCGCCAGCGGAGACAGUCGCGCGGCGAUGACGACCCGGCGCCCCGGCCUGGCAUCGAGGACUCCGGAGAUGGAGGAAAAGGAGCAAUUACGACGGCAGAUCCGCCUCCUGCAGGGUCUGAUUGAUGACUACAAAAACCUCCAUGGCAGUGCCCAUGCCCCAGGCACCUCAGCCUCUUCCCAGUGGCAGCUGCCUGCUUACAACAGCAGCAGGGCCUUCAGUGCCCGCUGUCCACGCCCAGGCCGGAGGGGCUUCUCCCUGAACCACGGGCCAGCAUGGCGCAAGAAAUACUCCCUGGUGAAUCGGCCCCCAGAAUCCUCAGACAUGCCUGGUGACUGUGUUGUGCAGCUGCCACUCAGCACUGGAGGUAGUCAUGGUUCUGACCGCCAGCAGUAUGUCCUGCAGAGGCAGGUCCAGCUCAGUUCAGAUCAGAACAUGGUCAUCAAAAUCAAACCACCAUCAAAGCCAGGCUUGGCUAGUGCUGCUGGGGUCCUGCGGGGCUCUUUGAAAGAAUAUGAGGACCCUCGCUGGAGUGACCACAGGCCUCAGGAAGGUGAGGGUGAGCCUCCCGGUGGGCUGUGGCAGCUGUCAAGGCCAGGAAGAGGCAAGGGGAGCGGCAGUGCAGAGGACCCCCUUCUGGUUUGCCAGAAGGAGCCUGGCAAGCCCCGGGUAGUGAAGUCUGUAAGCAGUAUGAGCGACGGCACCUUGGAUCCCCAACGGACAGUCAGUGAGAGCGCAGUUGCCAUCAAGCCUCGCUUCCAGGCCUCUUCCCUGCCCCAGUGCAGUAGUACAGCCCUGGGCCGGAAGGUGAGCUCUCACUCCGUGGGCAGCGGUGUUGCACAGCUCCUUGGGGCUGGGAGAACAAAUGCCAGCCACCCAGAUGAGCCAGCUCCAUCUGGCUUGUUGCCAGGUUCAGCUAGACCAUCUUUUGGACCCAGGCAGGCCCGGGAGUCCUGUCUGCUUGCAUCCUGUCGCACCAACAAGUUCCGGAGAAACAACUACAAGUGGGUGGCUGCCUCAGCAAAGAGUCCCCGGGCCACUAGGAGAGCCCUUAGUCCCAGAGCAUGUGUGCAAGAGAAUGUGUGUAAGGCCCCCCUUGACACAGCAGAACAAGUGGAGAAGCCGCAGCUCAGAGGUGACCCAGAUGCCAAGCCCAGGAGGUCGGCUGCAUUGUCCACAGCUGGAGCUGCCCGCAGCAAGUACAAGUGGAAGGCUUCUAGCCCCUUGGCCUCCUCAUCCUCCUCCUUCCAUUGGCAGUCGGAGGCUGGCAGCAAGGACCGUACCUCCCAACUCUCUCCGAUUCCAUCUAGGUCCCCGCCCGGGGACAGACCAGCAGUAGGAUCUAGCACCUUGAAGUCCCUCAUCAGUGAAACCCCACUAUCAGCUUACAAAGUGAAGAGCCGCACCAAGAUUAUCCGGAGGCGGGGGAAUGCUAGCCUUCCUGGGGACAAGAAGAGUGGCUCUGUACCUGCCACCGUUGCCAAGAGUCAGUUCAGCCCACGGCGGAGGCAGGCCCUCCGGGGGAAGAGCAGCCUUGCGCUGAGGAAGACUCCCAACAAGGGCCUGGUGCAGGUUGCUGGGCACCGGCUCUGCCCCCUGCCUCCGAGCCGGGCCCACCUCCCCACCAAGGAAGUGUCCAGCGUGCACACCCCGCGGACCCCUCCUACCAGCAAAGUGAUCAAGACCCGCUACCGCAUUGUCAAGAAGACACCGGCGUCUCCUGUCAGCGCCCCCCCGUCCCCAUCUCUGCCCUCCUGGCGGGCACGGCGGCUCUCACUGUCCAGGUCCCUGGUGCUGAACCGCCUGCGCCCUGCCACCCGGGCUGGGAAAACCCAGCCCAGCUCCCCUCGGUGGCAGAGCAGAGGUUACCGCUGCAUCGGAGGGGUCCUCUACAGAGUGUCGGCCAACAAGCUCUCGAAGACCUACAGCCGGCCCACUGGCGAUGGGGGCAGCAGGCCCCUCCUGCGCGCAGGCAGGUUGGACCCUGUGAGCAGCUGCAGCCGCUCCCUGGCCAGCCGUGCCGUGCAGCGCAGCCUGGCCAUCGUGCGGCAGGCCAAGCAGCGGCGGCCACAGCAGUACUGCAUGUACUACAACCGCUUCGGCAGGUGCAACCACGGCGAGCACUGCCCCUACAUCCACGAUCCUGAGAAGGUGGCCGUGUGUACCAGGUUUGUCCGGGGCACAUGCAAGAAGACAGACGGGACCUGCCCCUUCUCCCACCAUGUCUCCAAGGAGAAGAUGCCUGUCUGCUCCUACUUCCUGAAGGGGAUUUGCAACAACAGCGACUGUCCCUACAGCCAUGUCUACGUGUCCCGGAAAGCAGAGGUCUGCACUGACUUCCUCAAAGGCUACUGCCCACUGGGCGCGCAGUGCAAGAAGAAGCACACACUGCUGUGCCCCGACUUCUCCCGUGGGAGCACCUGCCCCCGGGGCACCCAGUGCCAGCUGCUGCACCGCACCCAGAAGCGCCUUGGUCGGAGGGCAGCCCCAGCCCAAGAGCCUUGCAACGUGGCCCCCAGGAGCAGGGCCUCCACUGGCCAUGGGCCCAGGAAGUCCUCGUCUGCCCAGCACCCUGCCACACAGACACCCAGCUCCCCGACCUCCACGGCUGCUGGCUCUGCCUCCCCUCCUGCCUCCCCACGGGUGUUACCAGCAGCUUCAGGCUCUCCCUCAUCAUCCAGGGCCCCUUCCCCCGCCUCCCUCUCCCCGUCUCCUUCCUCCCCCACCUCCCCCUCUCCAUCCGCGUCCUUGGACCAGGAGAAACCGUCGCUCCAGGAAGAAACUGCCUCUGCGGUGAUGGGGUCCAGUAGCCUUUCCAAGCUGCCUGCCUUCAUCUCCCUGCAGUCCUUGCCGAGCCCAGGAGGCCAGCCCAGGGCCCAGAUUCCCAGGAGCAGCCCCACCAAGGACUCUGCCGGCCCUAGAAUCGGAGACGGCCAGAGGAAACCUCUGCACAUCAAACCCCGUCUGUAAGAGCCUGGGGGUCCAGCCUGUGCCUACCUCAGCCCCUCAUCCUUGGAGAGGAAGGAGGCUUCGCCCAUCACCGCCCUGGAGAAGGGGCCACCUGCCACUGAGCCCCCGAGGGGGCCACAGGGCCGGGCUCGCCUGGCUCUCAGCCUUCCAUGACCAGUGCUCAGGGCCUUGCCUCUCCCUCCGGGUGGGCCCCUCCUGGCCUCUCCAUACCCUCUUCUCCUCACCCCAGGUCCUCAGUCUUGCACCCAGGCUGUGUCCCAAACUCCCACCUUGAGGGGUGUGGGGCAGGGCUCACCCCCAGGCCCACCCCUCGUGGAGGUGGUAGCAGCCGUGCAGUGUCCACAGUCCCCCAGGACUCCUGUGGGGAGCAGGCCACCACCCCAGGCACCCCAGGUGGGCUUGUGAUAUUCAGCAAUAAAGGUUCUGUCCUGUG